AUGGCGAUUUCGAAACACGGAUACGGCGCCAUCGCCAUGAUCACUAUCGGCACGCUCUACAACGCCGUCGCCAUGAUCCUCCCCAUGUGGACAGUCAACUCUACUGUCAACCCCGCACUCACCAGUGAGAUCGCCAGCACCAACUUUAAGGCCGGACUCAUGAGCUUCUGCAUCGACAGCGAGCUCGCCAACUCGACCACCACUCUUGAUCACUGCUUCUACUACAAGUUCGGAUCCGGCUACGAGGAUCUCAAGGCCAUCAACGAGACGGUUUGGACCAAGUACUCGGAAUAUGCUACGUGCGAGGGCUACAGCAAGGCUGGAGACGUGAGUGAUGCCGAACGCUUGGCGUACGCGACGGUACUGGCGACGGCUGCCGGUAUGGACGCGACACAGUUCGACAAGUUCCUGGACAAGUCGUGCAGCAUGCUCGGUAUGGGAACCAUGACGUUCGGCGGUAUGAGCAUGUCGAAUGGUCUGAUGGCCAUCAUCGCAAUCGUCGGCGCCAUAACGUGCCGUAAGGGUGACAAGAAGUGGGUUGGCGGCGGCUUCUUCUUGGCGGGCGUAGCGGCCUUUGCAGCCAUGUUGACGUUCGUGCUGUGGCUGGUGCAGGCCGGCCCGUUGGGCGAGAAGGACGACACGUCGUUGAAGACAGCAUUCUUCUUGAUGAUCAUCGCGAUGCUGCACUACCCGUUGGCAAUGUUCAUGUUCUGGAAACACUUGCAGUUGGAGGCGGGAAAGAAUGGGUCUUCGAUGGCCUAG